UCUCUGCUCUCUGCUCGAGUAAAGUCAAUGCUGUUUCCCCCUGAAACAUAAAUUACAGCAAACUCAACCAUGGUCGGAGAAUGAACAACGGAUGAUGCCUGAGGUUUUUCUUUUUUGAUACAAAGAAUUUUGUCUACUUUCGUCUAGGCUGUAGAGCAAACAUCAACUCCCACACAAGCCGGUGUCUUCUUUGAAUCAAAUGACUUCUGUCCUCAAAAGCAAAAAAACCCUGAAUGGAGGGUUAAGACAUGGAGAGAGAAAAUGCUUGAACCUCACUAUGGAAAUAAGCAGCAGCGGACGAAAGAGAGGUGAAGAAGAAAAGGAAGCUGUGAGUACGAUGGAAUGUUUACCUUUGGGUAUUUGAUGACCGAGCUCGUAGAAGACAUUGCUCUGCCUCUCAGCAAACACUCUUCUCCUUGUGAACAAAUCCCCACGGCUGCCUGGAGGCUCGCUUAUCUCACCAGUCAGAAACACAGCAUGCUUUAAAGCUCUGGAGGGUGAUGUUGUGGCGGUUUUUCAUCCAACCUGAUGUGAAGAAAAGAAUCACUUUCACCUCUUUUGUUUGACUUCUGUGCUCCCGUGUCCUCUCCACAGGAACACGUCACAUAAUUUCUCUCUUACUAUGCUCCUGCUUUGCUCUGCAAUGAAAUGAACACCUCUGGGCUACUUGAGGGAUCUUUGUCUGACCUUGUCGGUUCCCCUUUUCGCUCUGUCUCAUCCAUUGCUCCACCUUUUCAUUCACCUUGCAAACUUUUCCCUUUCAUGCCUAAUUCCUCCAUUUCUUUCCUUCCCAAAUAUUUUUUUUCCGUGGACACGCUCACCUUUUAGCUUAUUAUCGAUCAUCAAAUGUUCCUACCGUGCACCUCUGUUGACCACUCACUACUGCGCUCCUGAUUUUUCCCUUUUGCCCGUAUUAUCCUCUCCUGUUUCUCCAUUUUCAGCUCUCCAUAUUUCUUUCCUUUCUUAAGCCUGAGGGCACCCAGGACCCAGUGGCUGAAUGUCUCAAAUGCACAUGUACUGCACAUUCUCUCCCUCCUAAUUGACACCUCUUCCACUAUACCUCUCACAACCCGCUCUCCUUCCUCAAGACUUUUCCUCUCACCUCCCUCACAUUUAUCCUUCCCAUCCUGUCACAAUGUACUCCUCCGAGGAGCUCUGGAACACCACCGAGCAGGUCUGGAUCAAUGGCUCAGAGGCAAACUUCUCUCUGGGAAGAAGACGUGGAGACAAUGAGGAGGAGGAAGGAGAACAGCACCCUUUCCUCACCGAUGCCUGGCUGGUCCCCCUCUUCUUUGCCCUCAUCAUGCUGGUCGGACUGGUGGGCAACUCUCUGGUUAUUUAUGUAAUUUCCAAACACAGGCAGAUGAGAACAGCAACCAACUUCUACAUAGCAAACCUGGCAGCGACUGACAUCAUCUUCUUGGUGUGCUGCGUCCCCUUCACUGCAACUCUCUAUCCUCUCCCUGGAUGGAUAUUUGGCAACUUCAUGUGCAAAUUUGUUGCCUUUCUACAGCAGGUGACAGUCCAAGCCACCUGUAUCACUCUGACAGCUAUGAGCGGUGACCGCUGUUACGUCACAGUCUACCCCCUGAAAUCUCUCCGCCACCGCACCCCGAAAGUAGCCAUGAUUGUCAGCAUCUGCAUUUGGAUUGGCUCCUUCAUCCUGUCCACCCCGAUUUUAAUGUACCAGCGUAUAGAGGAGGGUUACUGGUACGGCCCGAGGCAGUACUGCAUGGAGAGAUUCCCCUCUAAGACACAUGAGAGGGCUUUCAUCCUCUACCAGUUUAUUGCUGCAUAUCUGCUGCCUGUCCUCACUAUUUCCUUUUGCUACACUCUGAUGGUGAAGAGGGUGGGCCAACCCACUGUAGAGCCUGUAGACAACAACUAUCAGGUCAACCUCCUGUCUGAAAGAACCAUCAGUAUCAGGAGCAAAGUCUCCAAGAUGGUGGUAGUAAUCGUUCUCCUCUUCGCUGUCUGCUGGGGUCCCAUCCAGAUCUUCGCUCUCUUUCAGUCUUUCUACCCAAACUACCGGCCCAACUACGCCACAUACAAGAUCAAGACGUGGGCCAACUGCAUGUCCUACGCCAACUCUUCUGUCAACCCCAUAGUUUAUGGUUUCAUGGGAGCCACUUUCCAAAAGUCCUUUAGGAAAACCUUCCCAUUUCUGUUCAAGCACAAGGUCAGAGAUAGCAGCAUGGCUUCGAGGACUGCCAACGCUGAGAUAAAGUUUGUUGCUGCAGAGGAAGGCAACAAUAAUAAUGCAAUGAAUUGAAUUUGACAAUUAAAAAUAGGAAGAAUGAGUUUAUUGUUUGUAUCCGGGUCAAUCACUGCAGAAAGAAAAUUAAAAUAAUGACAAUUUUCCCACCCUGGGUUCAUUGUGUUUGAAAAUCUGCAACAGCAACUGGCUGAUUUUAAAAAAGGACCGACCCUGUGUGUUUUGGCAGACACAUUUAUUGUUAUAUUGAAUGAAUACAACUAAUUAAUGAAUUGAUGUGUGGACAGGCAGACUCAUAAUACGGAUGGACACUAACAGUGUUUGGCACAAUACAUUAGAUGUUCUGCUGCCAAGGCCAGGUGGCGUUGGCACAUAACAUCAUCCAUCGAGAUGCCAAAUAACAGAGGACAGUCGUACACAUCUGAUGGCAGCAGAGGAAAAGGUUGCCUGAAAGUCGCAGGUGGGACUCUUAAUCCCUGCAAGAUCAUGGCUGACAAAUUCUACAGCUUUGGUAACAAGUCAGCAUUGGGACAGCUUAUGAUAUUAUGUAUUCUAAGACACAUGAGAAUAUGGUAGUUUGAAUUUGCAUUUUGAAUGGACAAUUGAUACUCUAGAAGAGAUUCCUAUGGCAUUAAGUGGUUGUCAUUUGUUCCUAUCACUAGAGAGAAAGAUAAUAACUCAAGAGACACUUCCUGUAUCUGUCGUUCUGGGAAACUGUAACACUAUUACAUUUUUAAAGGAUUAGUUUGAGAUUGAGAUUUUGGUUUGAAAUAUUCCUUUUGGCUUUCUUACAGAGAGUUACGUGAGAAGAUCGUCACUGCUGUCAUAUCUGAAGGAGUGGAAAUGGGGUGAAACAGCUAGCCUGGCCCUAUCCAAAUUAAAAAAUAUACCAACAUCUCUAAAGCACAUAAAGUAAUAGAUACACAACAACAUGCAUGUCAGUUAGUAAUCUUGAGGUUUUGGUAGGCAUAUUUUCUAAUUUUGGAUACAACAAAGCUCGUUCAUUUCCCUCAAAUUAUUAACUUUAACCUGAGUCGUACGUAUGCUUAUGAAGGUCGCUGUUUAAAUCACGUUUUCAUCCCAAGUAUUGGCCAAUUUUGCAAAUAUCUCUCUGGUGUCGUUGGGGCCAGGCUUUCUUUGCCUUAGCUGGUCUCGACAAAACCUAAAACCCUGGUUAGGUAUAAGAUGGUUAACUGUUAACCCAGGCUUUUUUUCAGUUAUGAUGAAAAAAGUUAUGCUUUUCUGAGAAUCCAACAAAAGAAAGCCCGAUUUCCAGUUGAAUGGGAGUGUCUCUGCUGGUAAAUGUGAUGAGUGGGAGCUGGCUGGAGCAAGGGUUACGACCAGUGAAGCAUGGACAGUGUUUACCUUUCUUUUGUGUCCUACACAAGCAAUCACACCUUCCUGAAAACAUAUGCACAAAUAGGCAUGCACAUAUACCUUCACCCAGGAUAUCCAGGUGUCAGUUGGAACACCAGUUGUCAUAUCUUUGAGAGACACCCUUGUGUGAUCUUGUCUGACGGUUUAAAUUACAAAUAACGUAGGCGACCCAUACAGCCUUUGCCCUGCAUUUUGAAGGAGAAGUUGUUGAGAGAGCAGCUGUCUGGUGUUGGAAAUACAGCCAAUCAUUGUUGAGAAAUCUACAAAGCCCCUGCCAGCUCUCCACUUUCUAGAUGCAGUCCUUUAUAACUAUUUAUCCCACACAGUGACAUUCAAAAUCUGAACUCCAGUUAUGGCCCAUAGAAAAUCUGCUAAUGUAAUCCUCAUUUGAAUUGUAGAUAUUGUAGGACGUCAGGGCUCAAUUUGAAUUACAUCAAAGUGUCUCAAAAGGAAAACCAUCUGGGCUGCAAUAAUUAACCAUGAACAGGUAACCAAAGGUACUCGAGGGUUGUCGUUAAUUGAGGUAACACUUUGGGACAUCAUAUGACAAGAAGUGGACAAACCUUACACAAAGGUGGCCACCUUUGUGUAAGGUUUGUCCAUCUUUGUGUAACUAAAGAUGUAACCUAACAUGUUCAGUAGUUGAUACUAAUUAUAUGUACCUCUGAAUAUAGUUUUAGCACAUGUACCUUGUAGCCACACAAAAAGUUUUUACUUUUACUGAAAAAAAAAUCCUUGACAUUAACUUAAUUUAAAUGGAUUUGAUUGGCUCUAUUUUAGCAGGAAGUGAUUAGACAAUUUUACAUAAUUAUAAUUUUAUAAAAGGCAGCCAACAAACGGAAAUGUCACUGAGUUAAUUCAGCCUGGAAUAAAUGAUGUGCUAUAAAGGGUUUAUUUCUAUCUGCGUCUAUUGUGUCUACCGUGUCUAAUGUCUCCUGACUGCUUAUUGGGUUUUAAUGAAUGCGAAUUGUGAUGCAUUUCCUUUUCAGACUAUUGUACAUCCAUUAGGACCGAGGUCAUCAAUAAUCUGUGUGUUUUCUGCUUUACAUUAAGUAUUCUCUUGUAUCUACGCCUUUUCUGAGAUUGUGAUUCUUCUACAUGUCUGUUCUGGUUGUUCAGCAAUAUCUUCAAUUAAGCUUCAACCUUAAACAAUAAAACAAUUGACCAUUAAC